UAAGUAAUAUGUAGUGAUAUGAUAGAGUUAAAGGUGUGAUUGUACCAGAUUUUCAUUAUAUAAAUUAGGUUAAAAAAAGAUUAUAUAUCAGAACUGAAUUUCAAUCGUAAUAUAUUUAUUAAUAAUUUGUUACCGAACAAUUCAGAUUUCUAAUUUGAAGCCCAAAGUUAUGCUUAAAUUUAUUUGGAAGGUUUGACCUAAUUCUUAUAAAAUCAUGGUAGUGGAACGUAGGAAAUGCAAGAAACGCAAAGACGAUGCAUUUGAUGGAUCAACUGUUACUGAUAAACCAUCUAAAGAAGAAUAUAAUAUAGCUAAAUGGAUUCGUAGUAAUGUACGAUCCAAGAAAACUAAAUUUGAUAGAAAUCAUAUUGUUGAGUACUUCACAGGUACUAGAGCAGUCGAUGCCCUUUUAGAAAAUUCACCGUGGAACAAAACAAUAUUUGAGUCAAGACAACAUGUUGUUAAUUUUUUAGAUACCAUGCUAAGACAUAAAUUUUUUCACAGAGCAAAAAAAAUUGUUAUUACUGAAGAUGAACUCAUUAGAAUAAAAGGUAUUAAAAAAAAGAACAAAGAUUCAAAAGAUUUUAAAGAAGAAAAAAAGAUAGAAAGAGAGAAAUAUAAAGAAAAGAACAAAGAUGAAAAUAAUUAUUUACAAGAAGAUAAAAGGGAAGAUGAUGAAAAACAAGAAAAAAGGAAAGAUAUGAAGAAAAAACCAAAGGUUCGAUUAGAAAUGCAUAUGGAUCAAUAUUUUGUAGAUUGCAACGAUGCAUAUGUUUGGAUUUAUGAACCAAUUCCAGUAUAUUAUUGGUUUUUUGGUGCUUUAUUAGUAUUAGGAGCAAUUGGUAUUUGUCUUUUUCCUUUGUGGCCCUUGACAGUACGUCAUGGAGUUUGGUACUUAAGUAUAGCUGCAGCAGGAUUUCUUAUUUUUAUACUAUCAUUAAUUGUUAUAAGAUCAAUAGUCUUCUGUCUCUUAUGGGUACUAACAGUAGGUAGACAUCAUCUUUGGCUUCUUCCAAAUUUAGUUGAAGAUGUUGGUUUUUUUGCAUCAUUUUGGCCAUUAUAUCAUUACGAGUAUAUAGAUUCCACUAUUAAAAAUAAAAAGUCUUUGGAAAAGAAAAAAUGCAAGAAGAAUAAAGAUAAAGAUUCAGAUGUAGAAGAUUGUAUCAAUACAUAUAUAGAGGAAAAAUCAGAGUCUUCAUCGGAAGCUUCAAAACCUAAUUCUCCAUUAUUAAGAGUAUCAGCUAGCAAUGAUAAAAAUGAAAUAUUGGAUGGGCAUGAAGCAAGUGAAGAAGACUCUGAAAGUGAUAAAUCAAAUACUGGUGGUGACUUUGAAAUGUUGUGAGACUGAUGUUUCUUCUCGUUUUACCAAGACCGGUUCGAGGGAUUCAAAUUGAUGCCGUUGACAACUCAGAGACCAGGGGAUGUUGUGUAAUAGCGAUGUAAGGUCAAGUGGAAGGGAUAGUAUAAUAAAGUCAGUGAUAAUACA